AUGUCGUCGUCGCCGGACUCGGUCGUCGACGUCUACGCCGGGCUCCUGGUCGCCACGUGCAUGACCGUCGGGCUCUGCGGCAUGGACGCCAACAAACUGCUCGUGAACGUCGUGACCAUGACGAAGAUUGCGGUCGUGGUCUUCAUCAUCGUCGUGGGCUCUGCACUGCCGCGCGACGAACCUCGUGCCCUUUGUGCCCGACGCGCAGCCCCGGGCACGAGUCCGACAGCGCCGUCGCCUCGCCCGCCGUCGCGUUCGGCUGGCCCGGCCCGAAGCAAAGGACCCGGCCACGAACAUUCCCGCGCGAUCGUCGGCACGAUCCUGGGCGCCGCGACGUUGAGCGUGCUCGCGACGUUGGCGCUCGUGGGCAUGCAAAAGUACACGGCCAUUGACGCCGACGAAGCCUUUGGCGCGGCGUUCACGAGCGUAGGCCUCGACUGGGCCGCGUCGUUUGUUGCCGUGGGCGAAGUGCGACGAUGCCCAUCACGUCGGUCAUUGCGUUCCUCGCGCAAGCCGCGGGUGCUCUAA